AUGGCCGACAGCAUCAUCUCGCGUGGACAGGCCAUUCUCGAAAACCAAACCGAUUCAUCAUCGCUUUUGCAGGUUGGAAUUUUCCAGACUGCCAUCAUGGAACUAAUAAAGUCGCCUUCGGGUCGUUACAUGGAGCAAAACUGGAAAAUCUACGUCAGCGCAAGCGCUGACAGUGUUGUUGACGUGGUUGAUAAUGCAACCAAAGAUGCCAGGCUUCCUCUCGACCGCCUCUCCGUGGGUAGAGGACUGUUGUACCUGUACGUUCUUGAUGCAACCACCCCUUCGGCCCGCAUGGGUUUCCUGAUCAAGUCAAAACGGGACCUUAGAUACGACGAAACUGGGACCAGCACAUACAAGAAGACACUUGCUGCUCUGCGUGCCUCGAUUGAUCUGCAGCCGCGAAAUAUAUUCGGUAAUCGUUCUGUUACCAUCCAUGGCCCUGUCCCUUCGUUUACUUCACCUAUCCGUCGACUUCGCCAAGUUCUUGUUCUUUGCUGA